ACGACUGUAUGCAGAGGAUCCUCAAGGGACAGCUUCAGAUGAUGAGUGGUUAUGGCUUAUUGUGUGAUGGCAAGUAUUUACACGUGAGAUGCUGUGCCCACAUCUUAAAUUUGAUAGUCAAAGAAGGCUUGGAAUUAGCGAAAAAUCUUCUGCACAACAUCAGGGAAAGCGUGAGGUAUGUGAAAGCAUCUGGGACAAGAAUUCAAGCCUUUGCAGCAUGUGUAGAGCGAGUGGGGAUUCCUAGUGGAUCUGGUUUAUCACUUGACGUUUCUACUAGGUGGAAUUCUACUUAUGAAAUGCUGGUUAGAGCGUUGAAGUUUAGGAGAGCAUUUAAAAGCUUGGAGGCUUUUGACAGGCACUACAUAUGGCUACCUUCUGAAAGAGAGUGGGAUCGUGGGCAAAAAAUAAAUGGCUAAGGAAAUGCAAGUUAAAUUUGCCAAGUAUUGGGAGGAUUACAGCAUCAUUUUGGCUAUGGGUGCAAUUUUUGAUCCAAGGCUGAAGUUACAAGUUCUUGAGAAGCUUUAUGAAACUUUGGAUCCUUCUACUUCUAGUUUAAAAACUAAAGAGCUUAAGACUCAUUUGACUACACUUUAUAAAGAGUAUCAAGAUAGGACUUGGGGCAGUUCUUCUGGUUCUUCAACUUCAUAUACACCAACUCCACAGGAUCUGGUUAAUGAAUCUCCUCUUGAAGAUGAUUUAGACAGUGAUCUCUUUGAAUUGGAAAGAAGCCUUGGGAGUAAUCUAGGAAACACAAGAACACAUUUAGAUGUGUAUCUUGAUGAGGAGAGGCUAGAUAGAAAGUCUUUUCCCAAUUUGGAUGUAUUAAACUAUUGGAGGGAAAACCAAGCUCGAUUUGGUGAUUUGGCAAUGAUGGCGCGUGACAUACUUAGUAUACCUAUCACGACAGUAGCAUCUGAAUCGGCUUUCAGUAUCGGAGCUCGGGUUCUAACUCCAUACCGAAGUCGCUUGCUUCCCAAGAAUGUCCAGGCUUUGCUCUGUACAAUAGAAGAUGUUGAUGAUAUGUGCAACGAAGAUGCUAGGAAGAAUACAACUACUUCUGGAAUCGAGGGUUCAAGAUCAGAAGAUUCAAAUGUGCGUUGA